AUGUAUCCGUAACCAAUAACUAGUGUUCCUGUUUAAUCUGUUGUAUUAGGAUAAAGUGGUAUUCAAAGACCACCCUAUCAACCUUAUUAAUCACCACUUAAAGUUCCUACAGGACAAACUAUUUAUACUUAAUAAGGAAUUCAGAAUUAAUAUAUUCAAAAUCAAUAAGUUAAAACAAUUUAAACACAUCAUAUGUAAAUAAAUGAAUAUAUUAUAGGCAACAUACACAUGAAUAUAAAAUACCUUAAUAUUAAUAUUAAUAAAGAUCACCUUAAUAAGUUUAAUCAUAACAAUUAGCUACUCCACCUCCUUAAUAACCAGAAAUUAAUGAAUUAUAUCAUGUGGAAAGAGAAAUGUAAGUACUUUCAGUUGAGGAUGUUGAAGAGCCUUGGAAAAAGAAAUGUGUAGAAUUAGAAGUUAAGAUUUAUGAUUUAUAGACUGAAUUGGCAAGAUAUAAAAAUUAGGGUUAAGAAUUAAAAGUCACUUCUAAUGAAGAAUUUUAAGUUAGAGAAUUGGAAGCAAAAAUAAAGAUGAUGAAAGAUAUUGAAGAUGGAUUAAGAAAAGAAAUAUAAAAUUAAUAAAGUGAAAUAGAUUCAUGGAGAUAAAGAUAUUAAAAAUUGUAAUUAGAAUAUUAGUAAUUGUUAUAAGGAGGAGAUGAAGUAAGAUAAUUAAGAGAUGCAUUAGCAGAUAAAGAAAGAUAAUUAUUAAAAUUAGAAGGUGUUUUAAAUUAAUAAAUAAUGGAAAUGUAAAAUUAGAAUAGAGUCAUUUAGUAUAAAUAUAUAUAUAUAUUAUAUUAGAAAUAAAGAAUAAGAAAUUGCAUAAUAUAAAUAAAUGAUAAGAUAAUUAGAAUCUGAAAUGAAUGAAUUCUAAUAAACAACUGAAAAAUUAAAAUAUUAUUCAAAUGAAGCAAAUGUAUGGAAAGAUAAAUUUAUGAAAGCAAAUUAAGAUUAUCAUACUGCUUAAGAAUAAUGUAUGAUGGCUUAAGCAGAAUUAGAUUCAUUAAAAAAAUAGAAAAUUAUAACCACAACAGAAAAAACAACUUCAAUAUAGUAAAGUAAUUUAAGAAGAUAAUAAUAAUAUUGA